AUGACGGCACUUGAAGAAAAGACAGCCAACAGGCGCAUAUUAUCUGCAUACGAAACACUCUCUAGAGAGGGAUUUACUGUAGAGCAGGUGGAGAAUGCGCUCUUGUCACUCGUCCCCUCCUCGCUUUCCCUGGAAGCAGCUUUUGAUUGGCUCUGCCUGCACUUGGCACCUCAGCAGCUGCCACGUCACUUCGCGUCUGCAGCUGCCACUGCCACGCUGGCACGAGGUGACGUGGAGGUGGUGCUGGCUGCUGCUGACGUGGAAGGGGAAGGACAGCGAGGAGGCGACGACGCAUGGGGAGGAGAUGGAGAUGAGGACGGGGGAAGGGGGGGACGGUCGUUAGCAGAAGAAGCUGAGAGAUUCAGGAAGAUGGAAGAAGAGAGGAAAGCGAAAGAGGAGGCAGAAGAGAAAGAGAGAGAGAAGGAGAGGAAGAAGAAGCAAGCGGAUUGGAUCAAACGGUAUGUGACUGAGUACGAGAGUGAGGAGGAGGAGAGUGAGGGUGAAGGGAAAGAGCAGGAGGGGGAGGACGGAGAGGAGGAGGAUGACUGGGAGAAGGUAGCGGAUAAGGGGGCUUCAGCUGGAUCGACAGCAGGAAACGACUUGCUUAAGGGGUCUCCUCUUUGGGAGGUUUGGGCUGAUGCAAGGGAGAGAAGACGCAGAAAGGAGCUCAGGAAAAAGGCCCCAGCAGAGCCGCGCUUGCAAUCCUUGGCGGCGGACCUGGGGAGGGCCAAGGGCGAGGCGGCGAGGGCGAAAGGGUGCAUGGACAAGGGCAGGCAAGCAGAAGCGGGGCUGCUGAUCCGUGAGCUCAAGGAGGAGGCUGCAGGAUAUGGGUGCAAGGGCAGGCAGGCAGAGGCAGGGCUGGUGAUCCGCGAGAUCAAAGAGGAGGCAGCAGCAUAUGGUUAUUCUGAGUCCAUGCUCGAGGAGGCUAACCAGCAGCAGCAGCGAGUUGCUGCAGAAGAGGAUGAGGAGAACGCGGAAGAGGAGGAGGAAGCGUUUGGGCUGUUUGGGGAGGAGGAAGAGGAGGAGGAAGCGCCAUUGGAAAGGGGAGGGAAAGCUGCAAGUGGAGAAGGGGCAGGGGCAGCAGGAAAGCCAGCAGAAAAGGAGGCAGAAGAGGAGGAUAUGGGACUGGAAGGCAUGUCUCUCUUUGAUGAUGAGAGUGACGGGGGAGGGGGAGGGGAAGGGGGAAGGGGCGCAGCAGCAGCAUUGCCUGAGUCUGUGCUGGCACUGCAGAGGAAGAGUGCGAGGGAGAAAGCGUGGCAGCAGCAGCAGCAGCAGCAGAUGUUGGCGGGUGGCAGGGGGAAUGCAAAGGCAGGAGGGAAGGAUAAGAAGGGGAAGGAUGCUGCUGCUGCGGACAUGCAACGGCAGCCCAAGGCUCUGCUGCAGCAGCACUGCCUUAAAGCCCUCUGGCCCGCUCCCAAGUACACGAAGCUUCCAGGAAGCAGCGGCGCAGGGAAGUUUAGCUACUCGGUGACUGUGGUACGGCAGGGGGGGAGGGGAGGAGGGGGUAAGGGAGGAGGAGCGGGAGGGGGGAAGGGAGGGGGAGUGGGGGUAGGGCCAAUCACGUUUCAGGUUUCCGCAGCAGAGGAUGGGUUUGAGAGUGUGUCAGAGGCUCAAAACGCAGUGGAGCUUCUGGCACUGCACGCCCUGCUGCCCCACAUGCCUCUGCACCAUCAGCUUGUCUCCCCUUACCGAGAGCAGUGGCUGGAACUGGCAGAGAAAGCAGAUGCUGCAGAGACGAGCAGCAGCAGCGCAGCCGCAGCAGCGGAGGCAGCAGCGAGGCACCAAGUCAAGUUCGCUGCAGCACUCGUGGAUAAAGAGAUUAGGGCCAGGGAGACUGCUGCUGCUGCUGCUGCUGCUGCUGCUGCUGCUGGUACUGCUGCUGGUGUGGCUGGUGGUUCUUCUGCUGCUGAUGAUGUAGAGGAGAGUGCACCCAGAGAUGAAGGCCCCACUGUGGUGCGCAGGAGGGAGGCUCAGAGCCGGGAGCUGCAGCAGCGGUGGCGCCAGUGGCAGGCCUUGGCAGUUGGAGGAGCAAGAGGGGCAGGAGGGGCAGGAGGAACAGGGGGAACCAACAGAGAGGCAAUGGAGACGAGUGAGAGGAGGGCGAUGCAGGAGAUGAAGAGGAAGCGAGGGGAGCUACCGAUGGCAGCAGUGAGGGAGGAGGUGGUGCAGGCGUUGAGGGAGGGAGAUGUGGUGGUGGUGAGCGGGGAGACCGGGUCGGGCAAGACCACCCAGGUGCCGCAGUAUAUCUUUGAAGAGGCGGAAGCUUCCGGGAAGGCGGGGUUCUGCAAUAUCGUGUGCACGCAGCCUCGACGAAUUGCUGCCAUAUCGGUGGCAGAGCGAGUGGCAGCAGAGCGGUGCGAGCCGCCUGCUGGGAGUGGCAGCAGGGGAGGAGGUCCUGCAGGCGUGGUUGGUUACCAUGUGCGGCUGGACGCUGUCAAAACUUGGUACACGCGCAUUACCUUCUGCACCACGGGAAUCUUAUUGAGGCGACUAGUGGGCGACCCUCUGCUGUCAGACGUGACCCACGUGGUGGUGGACGAGGUGCAUGAGCACUCCAUCCAGGGCGACUUCCUCCUCGUCAUCCUCAGAGACCUGCUGGCGCGCCGCCAACACAUGAGACGACAGAUGCCACACCUCCCUGCGUUAAAGCUCGUGCUCAUGUCAGCCACUCUGGACGCGUCUCUCUUCGCCUCUUACUUCUCUGGCUGCCCGGUCAUCCAAGCCCAGGGCCGCACCUUUCCUGUGGAGAUGAAGUAUCUCGAGGACGUAUAUGAGAGCACGGGCUACAAGCUCUCUUCCGACUCACCAGCUGCUCUCAGAUCUGAUUCCCAUCAGUCCCGAGCCAAGGGCUCCAAGGCAGCAGCGGGAGGCGGUAGCAAGACCAAGCAGAAACUGCUGAAGGCGGGAUGGGGCGAUGAUGCUUCCCUGCAGGCUGAAACAGUGAAUCCGGAUUACGAUGCCUCGCGAUACAGCGACUACAGCGACAGCACCCGGAAAAAUCUGCGGCGGGUGGACGAGGGAACGAUAGACUACGAGCUACUGGAGGACGUGGUUGCUCACAUCGACACCACAUGCGGCCCAGGAGCCAUCCUCGUCUUUCUGCCUGUGAGAUGCCCUGAACACCUGCCCUGCCCAGGAGCCAUCCUGUUUCUUUCCCCUCAGAGUGUGGACUCCACAUGCGGCCCAGGAGCCAUCCUGUUUCUUUCCCCUCAGAGUGUGGACUCCACAUGCGGCCCAGGAGCCAUCCUCGUCUUUCUGCCUGUGAGAUGCCCUGAACACCUGCCCUGCCCAGGAGCCAUCCUGUUUCUUUCCCCUCAGAGUGUGGACUCCACAUGCGGCCCAGGAGCCAUCCUGUUUCUUUCCCCUCAGAGUGUGGACUCCACAUGCGGCCCAGGAGCCAUCCUCGUCUUUCUGCCUGUGAGAUGCCCUGAACACCUGCCCUGCCCAGGAGCCAUCCUGUUUCUUUCCCCUCAGAGUGUGGACUCCACAUGCGGCCCAGGAGCCAUCCUGUUUCUUUCCCCUCAGAGUGUGGACUCCACAUGCGGCCCAGGAGCCGUCCUCGUCUUUCUGCCUGGCAUGGGCGAGAUCCAGUAUCUGUGGGACAGGCUGGCAGCGUCAAGGCAGUUUGGGGCGCCGGGGAGAGUGGAGUGGCUGCUGCCUCUGCACUCGUCCGUGUCUGCUGCUGAGCAGCGGCAAGCGUUCAACAGCCCUCCCAGUGGCGUGCGCAAGGUGGUGCUGGCAACGAACAUAGCAGAGACGAGUAUCACCAUUGACGACGUGGUCUACGUGGUUGACGUGGGCAAGCAGAAGGAGACGCAGUUCGACGCCAGGAGGGGCAUGACCAGUCUGGUGGAAGCAUGGGUGGCCAAGGCGAACGUGAGGCAGAGGGCGGGCAGGGCGGGGCGAGUGCAGGCCGGGCGGUACUUUGCCCUCUUUACCCGCCACCGCUUUGAAACCAUCAUGCGGCCCUUCCAGCAACCGGAGAUUCAGCGAGUGCCUCUGGUGGAGCUGUGCCUGCAGAUCAAGUUGCUGGACCUGGGCACGCCUGCACAAUUCCUCAGCAAGGCCAUUGAGCCGCCCAAGGAGGAGGCGGUGAGGAGUGCAAUGAAGACUCUGAGGGAGGUGGGGGCGGUGGACGAGAGGGAGGAGCUCACAGCGCUUGGUACACACCUGGCUGCCCUGCCUGUCGACGUGCGAAUAGGCAAGAUGAUGAUCUACGGGGCAGUGAUGGGGUGUCUCAGCACGGCGCUCACCAUCGCUGCCUGCCUCAGCUACCGCUCCCCCUUUUCCUCCUCCUUCCACGAUCGCAAAGCAGCUGCCAGGGCUAGGCAAGCACUCGUGGCCAAAGCUCGAGAGGCCAACCCCGAUGCAAGCUCACAGGACGCAGCAGGAGGCAGGCAGGGAGAGAAGGGGAGCUGGGAUGAUGGCGAUAGUGAGGAUGAGGAGGAAAAUGAAGGGGGCUGGGAGUCAAAGGUAGAAACAGAGACUGCAUGGGGGAAGGGAGAGGGAGGAGCAGGUGCGAGUGGGGAUGACACGGCAUGGAACAUGGCACGGGGGCAGCAGUCCGACCAUCUCGCUAUGGCCUCAGCCUUCAAUGGCUGGGUGCUGGCUCUUCAGAGGGGCAGCAGGGCAGCGAGGGAGUUCUGUCAGAAACAUCACCUCAGCAUUCCUGCUCUGCUCAUGCUGCGAGACAUGAGGGUGCAGUUUGCUCGCCUGCUCAUGGACAUCGGCUUCCUGAGGCAGCCCAGCAAGGCACCUGGGUCCGGUGGCGCCCCUGUGAGCAGGGGAUUUGAUUGGCUGGAUGAGUCCACCCAGCCCUGGAACCGAUGCUCUAUGAGUGCUCCUGCUGUUAAGGCUGUUCUCUGUGCAGGCCUCUACCCCAAUGUCGCUAUGAUGGCACGUGACUCUAUCGAAGCCGCGCACUGUUCACACGCGUCAGACCUCGCACACGUGGCAGGGGCGUUGGGGCGCCCGCGGUGGGUCACUGCGACAGGGGCUGAGGUGGCAAUCCACCCCUCUUCGGUCAACGAAGCUGUCUCGGUCUUCCGCGCUCCCUUCCUUGUCUUUCACGAAAAGGUCAAGACAUCUCGAGUGUAUAUCCGCGACUGCACUGUUGUUUCUCCGGCAGCAUCCUUCUUUUUGGCGGACCAAUCACAGUCCACCAUCAGAGAGCACGAGUGUCAGUGGAUGGUUGGUUGGACCUUGUUGCUCCGGCUCAGACGGCUGUACUUUUUAAGUCUAUCCGAGGGGCAUUUGACACUAUCCUUUGCCGACAUAUCCUUCAGUCGCAG